AGGAAGUGACGUAGAGGCCGGGGGUGGUGCUUCCGGGGGGCGUAACGCGGAAGUGGAUUGGGGGGGUGGGGAGCGCCGUGUCGGCGGAGGCUGCGCGGCGGGAGGGAGGAGCCCGUGCUGGAGCGCCCCCUCGCGUUGGGGCUGUGAGGAGCGGGUGGCCGCAGCCUGUCCCGGCCCCUCGCCAUGAACAUAGACGUGGAGUUCCACAUCCGCCACAACUACCCCUGGGCCCGCCUGCCUGCCAGCGUCCGCCAGGGUCUUGGAAACUCUCAGAGGGAGUAUGAAAAGCAGGUUGUACUCUAUAGUAUCCGUAAUCAGCUACGAUACCGAAAUAACUUAGUUAAGCAUGUCAAGAAAGAAGAACGAAAAUACUAUGAGGAACUGUUAAAAUACAGUAGAGAUCAUCUCAUGCUGUACCCUUACCAUUUGUCUGACAUCAUGGUAAAAGGCCUGAGGAUAACACCAUUUUCGUAUUACACAGGAAUAAUGGAGGAUAUAAUGAACAGUGAAAAAAGCUACGAUUCAUUGCCUAACUUUACUGCUGCUGACUGUCUACGGCUUCUUGGUAUAGGAAGAAACCAGUAUAUUGAUCUAAUGAACCAGUGCAGGUCAUCAAAAAAAUUUUUCAGAAGGAAAACUGCUCGUGAUCUGCUACCAGUAAAGCCAGUGGAGAUUGCCGUAGAGGCCUGGUGGGUGGUGCAGGCUGGCUACAUCACAGAGGAUGACAUUAAGAUUUGUACUACAUCUGAAAAAUCUGUUAUUGACAAGAUAAUUGAUUCAGGUCCUCAGCUUGCUGGAUCACUAGAUUACAAUAUAGUUCACAGUUUAUAUAACAAAGGAUUUAUUUACCUUGAUGUACCAAUAUCUGAUGACAGUUGUAUAGCAGUGCCUCCUCUUGAAGGUUUUGUAAUGAACAGAGUGCAAGGUGAUUACUUUGAAACUCUUCUCUACAAAAUAUUUGUUUCAAUAGAUGAACACACUAAUGUGGCAGAGCUUGCAAAUGUUCUAGAGAUAGACUUAUCACUGGUGAAGAAUGCUGUGUCCAUGUAUUGUCGAUUGGGUUUUGCUCACAAAAAAGGCCAAGUAAUGAAUCUGGAAAAUCUUCAUUCAUCAUGGAGGAACAUUCCGUCUAUAAAUCGACUGAAGAGUACUUUGGAUCCGCAAAAGAUGCUGCUUUCAUGGGACAGUGGGGAAAACAGGACUCCUGUACAGGAAGCUUGUUCAUCAGCUACAGAUACUGACACCAACAGUCAAGAUGAUCCAGCUGACACAGCCAGCGUGAGCAGCUUGAGUCUGUCUAGUGGACAUACAAAGCGUAUUGCCUUUCUGUUUGAUUCAACUCUCACUGCCUUUCUAAUGAUGGGGAAUCUUUCACCAAACUUGAAAAGUCAUGCGGUAACUAUGUUUGAAGUUGGAAAAUUAUCAGAUGAAUCUCUGGACAGUUUUCUUUUGGAACUUGAAAAGGUUCAAAGCACAGGUGAAGGGGAGGCACAGAGAUACUUUGAUCAUGCACUUACUCUGAGAAACACAAUACUGUUUUUGCGGCAUAACAAAGACCUAGUGGCACAAGCUGCACAACCUGAACAACCAAAUAAUGGUUUUCCUUUGGAUCUCUUACGAUGUGAGAGUUUGCUGGGCUUGGAUCCUGCAACCUGCAGUAGAGUUCUAAACAAAAACUACACGCUACUUGUCUCCAUGGCGCCGCUUACCAAUGAAAUUCGACCCAUCAGCAGCUGUACCCCCCAGCAUAUUGGACCAGCUAUACCAGAAGUUAGCUCCGUUUGGUUCAAAUUGUAUAUUUACCAUAUUACUGGUCAAGGACCACCAUCCCUAUUGCUGUCUAAAGGGACAAGGCUUAGAAAACUUCCAGAUAUUUUUCAGGGGUAUGAUCGCUUACUAAUAACAUCUUGGGGUCACGACCCAGGAGUAGUCCUAACUUCGAAUGUAUUGACAAUGUUGAAUGAUGCUUUAACACAUUCUGCCGUUCUAAUUCAGGGACAUGGCAUGCACGGAAUGGGGGAAACUAUGCAUAUUCCUUUCCCAUUUGAGGAAGCAGAACAGCAAGGAGACUUCUCUCGUGUGAAUAUGGGCGUUCAUAAAGCAUUGAGAAUAUUAAGCAACAAAGUGGAUUUGCAGCAUUUUUGUGGAUAUGUUACCAUGUUGAAUCCUUCCAGUCGACACGCAAACAGAAAGCUGAGUGAUGCUUCUGAUGGAAAAGGUGAGCUUGAAUUGGCAUCAGGAUCUGAUGUAAAUGGGAGCACAGAAUCAUUUGAAAUUGUUGUUGAAGACACAUCUGUGGAUUCUGUAGCUAAGCAAAGUCCUGAAGUUCCCACAACAGAACUGGAAUGGGUUCCCCUGGAAUUAUGCUUUGGAAUUCCACUGUUUAGCUCUGAAUUAAACCGGAAAGUCUGCAGAAAAAUUGCUACCCAUGGACUAUGUAGAAAAGAAAGCCUUCAAAAACUCUUGCAUUCCAGUAGAAAGCUGUGUCUACAGGUUCUUAACUUUGUUUAUUCAUUCCAGGAAGGUAUUUCAACACUGGAUCUGCUCUCUGACACCAAUUCAAGUUUGUUUUCACAACCUACUUCUGCUGACAUCGGUGUUCCACUUCCUGCCAAGAAUCUAAUGUUCAAAGAAGGCAUGUUAUCUGAAUGGAAUGGACAAUCCCCAUCCCCAGUUCUUAUUGCAAAUGUACUUAGAGAACAAAUCAAAUAGUUUGGUUUCACCAUGCAUUGCUCACUUAAUGCCUUUUUUCUUUGUCUAUUACAAUUAAUGUAUACUGCCAACCACUAAGAAGUGUUUUGUUGCUGCAGCAUAACCCAUAUUAAAGUAGUGUUUUUAAGUGUGUUGUGUUGCAGUACGGGGAAACACACUGUAUACAACUUGUUAUUCAUUGGUGCAUUUUCUGCUGCAACAGAAAGCUCUUCAGCUAUCAGCACUAUAUUUGUAUCUUGAGAUAAUCGCUAUUUCUUUUAUAAUUCUAAACACACCUUUUUUAGGAUUUCUGAUUAUUGUUAAAUUUCUAUGCUGUCACCACAAAAUUGCAAUAGUAAUUUGAUAUUUCGUUGCUUAUAUAUAAAUCCUGUUUAGUUUUGUAUUUUAUUACUGAAUUCUGUUUAUAAGUAAGAGAUUUGGCUCUGGAAAGGUUCAGUAGUGUUCAAAUAGUAAAAAUCUGGUAUCAUGGUGGUAUUAUGGGGCAUUAAGAAUUAUUGCCGAUGUCUGUAUAUUAUGUAGAUCAGCCUGAUGAUGAUGAAGGUUUGGUUUGCUAUAUCAACAUAACAAUAAUGAAUUGACACUUUCUAUGAGGUCUUAAGUUUUGAAGACAUAAAAUCCUGCUGAUACCUGUAGAAAACCUUGAAAAAAGAUUGGGUCAAUUUCAUCCUCUGUGUAAUUUCAUGGAGAGCAAUAGAAUUGCACCAGGGAUUAAUUUGGUUCCCUCUGUUCCUAGAAAGCUGUUUACAUAUAUAAUAGUGUAUUUCUUUUGUCCCUUGUUUUAUUGGAGCACUUACAUGAAACUAGGAUCUUUGCGCCUUAAGCAUGUUAGCUUCUGUCACAUGGAGUGUUGUUGGAGUCGUGUUGGACCCAGGAUAUUAGACACACAAGGUGGGUGAGGUGAUAUCUUUUAUUAAAGCAACUUCUGUUGGUGAGAGACACAAGCAUUUGAGCUUACAUAGAGUAGACCUGAAGAAGAGCACUGUGUAAGCUUGUGUGUCUCACGAACAAAAGUUGCUCCAAAAAAAGAUAUUACCUCACCCACCUUGUCUUUGCUUCUGUAACUUAUUCCUCACCGGAAGCUGUUCAUUUAUGUUUGUAAUGUCGCUGUGGAAAAGAGUGAUGUCACAAACCAAAAAUUUUAAUGGCAGAAUAAACAGUUGGAGAAGACUUAAUACUGAAAGAACAAAGCUUUUGGUUUUUAUGUGGGUGUCCUCAAUAAAGAAAAAAUGCAGAAAAAAGUGCCGAAAAUCUAUAGGCAGAUGUAUUUCUUUAAAUAAUUCUUUUAAGUUUUCCUUAAGCCAUCAACUACUCUUGACAAAUAUCAACUUAAUCAUUUCUAGGAUUAGAAGGGUUCCUCCCUAGAGGUGGGAGGAAUUUGUUCAGUGUUACUUCAUUUUAGUUUAUACUAACUCUGCAAGGUGGUUUCCUGCCCAUUUAAAUACAUCAUAUUCAGUUAAGCAUACUAGGAAAACAACAAGUAUGUAGAAUAUUUUGAAGAUUAGUGUCUAAAAAUUUCUGAUGACUUUUUGUUUACUGUAAUUCAUUCAUAUAUUAUCUUUAAAAUGAAAUUGAACUAUACUGUCAGCACCUGCCUGCAGUUUAAGCAAUUAUUGGACCAAGAACCUGUGCAACAUGCAGUGCUGGAAAUUGUACAUGGUAAAUGUAGUAAUGUUCGGUUUUUGUAUUUGAUAAGAGGGUAAGAUGAAAAUAUUUGAUGUGAUAUAUGUUUUAAAAGAGGGGGGGGGUAGCACCCUAAUGUGAUAGAACAGUGAUUUAAAUUAGAAUGGAAUCUUCAGUUAUUUCCUUAUUUCUCACUUGGUUAACAUUCCUAUUAAGUGUAAAUGUGGGCUUUCUUUCCGGCUGAGAAACUGGAAGUUGUAAGUACUUCAGUAUGGUCAGUGCAAUGCUCUUCUCACGUUUGUCUCUUCUCCUUUUAUAUUUUACCAGUAGCAGUUGAACUUGCUUAUUCUGCACAUAUUACAGAGCUUGACUUCAUGUGUUGAUUAGUGUGUACGCGACAAUAAAAAAGGUUGACUUUUUUUUAUUGGACAUGUACAAAUUGUCCAUAUUUUUAAAUUGAUACUGGUUGUCUUACUGCCUUCAAAGGAAAUUAAAAAGAAAAAAUAGAAAUGCUACAUGUUAUUUAUGGAUAUUAGUAAGGGGGGAAAUAGUAUAGAAAGCAGACCAUAGUCUGAUCUGUCUGAGAAUUAAUAUCUUACAUGAAGACAUUAAUCCACCAUCUAACACAGUGAAGGGACCUAUACUGAAGGUGAUGCUUUACAUUUUCAGUAUUGUAGGCAUUAUUUGAAAUACUGCAGUGAGCUUUUGUAGUUUAGCUAGCAGCAAACUUUAUAUCGGCUGUCACCUGUACAUUGUAUAUAUACAGAUAGGUACAAUUAUGGUAGCUCAUGUAAAAGUCUGUCAUCUGCAACCUCAAAAUUAAUGGAAUAAUUUUUUUUAAAAUUUGUUUUUAAUUCUCCACUAUUAUUGGCUUAAAUAUUCAUACUUGGAUACCUAAAGUUAGGCUUCUAAAUAAAAGUAGCCUGAUUAGCAGAAUUGCUGAAUACCUACAAAUCUGACUGUUAACAAUAAGAGCUGCAGGUACUUGGCAGCUUUUCAAAAUUAAGCUACUCUUAUUUAGGUGCUUUAAGAUGAAUUUAGAAACCUAACUAUAGACCCACAGGCUUGGAAAUUUUACUGAAUAGGUGACUACCAAAGAAAGACCUGAAACUAUCAUAAACUCAACUGCAACUGUAAUAUUGGGUAUGGUCCAGAGGCUUUAUUCAAAGUACAACAUUUUGUUUUAAAUGUGGUGUAAACAACGGCAAGACCUCCAUUCAGACCAAAAUAAUCUUUUGAUAUUGUUAUUAAGAAUAAAGACAAUAUAACUUUUUUCUUGAAAUGAUUUAUUAAUUGUGGAAAAUCAAGUUAAUAAUAUUUUAAAAUUUAUUUUAGACAUCUACCUUCCAAGAAGUCUAUUAAGUUUAAAGAAAAAAGUGGUUUGCUUUGUGCUUUGGGAAUAGUUCGGUCAACCUAAGCAGUAUUUUAGCUGGAUUUAUCUUGAGAUACAGGAGCCAACUAACAAAAUUUCAUUUUGGUUUCUAUCAAUUAAUGGCUCAAAAAUUCUCUCUGGCAUUGUUCUCAAAUCUUUUUUUCUUUUCUUGUUCAGUGUUUCUAACACAGUUUGUAUUCUGAAGGUUCUCAAGUACAACUGUAACUCAAUACAGUUGAUUUUUUUCUGGUAUGACAUUGUUAAUAGUAUAUAUUGAAAUGUACAAAAUCUUGUGUUCAGUUAAAUUAUUGGCACAUGUAACAAAUGUUUACAAAUAAAAUAUGUUGUAGAUCAAAA